AUGACGCGGCCUCUCAACCGCCUAGACCCCGCGCCCACACGUCCCUCGGGAGCGCUCUCUGUCUUCCUCAAGCACGCCCCCCACGCGCCCCUCAAUUUCGUUCUCAGCGACUCCCGUGACCUGCGCUGCCUCGGCCCUCUCUUGGGCCCCUCUGCGCGCUCCCUCACAAGCCUGGGCCUUGGGCUCAAGGAGCCUCCACCCGGGACUGUUACGCAGUAUCGUAUUGAGAGGAAGGACGGGAUGAUUAUAUGCACUCCUCAAGAGGAUGUUGGUUUUAUUCAGGUGAAUCAGCUGAUGUAUCCGGGCGUCCUUGAGGGGUUUGAGCAGCUGCAGCGGCUGAAGCUGGGCCAUGGGACGUGGCAACUAGGCAAGCUGAAUCCAGCGAGGUUCCGGGCUUUAAGAAAACUGAGCAUCCUCGAGUGCGAUGGAAAUGAUAUGUCCUUUCUUUCAUCCGUCGCACCGCAGCUGCAUGAACUCGCUCUCGCCUCCUCCCGCCAUGGCUCUGGCUCUACCACCCUCGAGUUCAAGCUCACCGCUGCUCGAGCUAUCACAGUCUGCUUUGAGAAAGCGCUCCUCCUCCGCUGCGCCCUGCCUGCCUCUUUGAAGAGCUUCUCUGCCGCUGCAGAGUGUCUUGUCGUGGAUUGCACAUGCAACAGCCCCCCGUCUCUCGACUCGCUCUCUCUCAUUGGCCGCUCGCAGCUUCUCGUUUCUUCUCUCCCAUUGGCUGCCGCCAAAUCCGCCUAUUUGAACGGGCCAAACAAUCGACCAACCAAAGGAGACUGGUGGAAUGAUCUUCCCUGUUCCGAUCUCGAAUCCCAACUCGCCGUGACCGAUCUGCUCAGCAGCAUAGCGCCUACAGUGGAGACACUUGUAUUGAGGUACGGCUGGCCUCUGGAGGGCGUGCGUGUGGAGUGGAACCAGCUGCGCCACCUCAGCAUUGGCAUGAAAGCAGGUGGGAGAGGAGCGGUGCAAUUAGGUCAGAUGGGCGUGGCGGGUUAG